AUGCCAGCCCUAUAUGCGGCCCUGACCCAACAUGCGACUGAAACAGCCCCGCAUCUCUCCCGGCGCAGCCUGAGCGUCAACCACACACAAUCCGUGACUCUCGGGGUGAUGGCCGCCUAUGUUGUUGUCAUCGCCUUGCUGUGGAAUUUGCCUUAUGUUCGUUGGUCGUUAUGGCCUUUCAAGAUGUUGGUGAUUGCGUUUCAUGAAUUCGGCCAUGCCAUCACUUCUUGUUGCACUGGUGGCAAGGUGAAAUCCAUCUCCCUCGACCCCCAUGAAGGUGGUGUCACCCACAUGCAGGGGGGAAUCAGCGCCAUCACCUUGCCCGCGGGUUACUUGGGGUCGUCUAUCAUUGGCGCCCUCUUAAUCUUUGCCGGAUUCGAUAUUGUUGCCAGCAAAGUCGCCAGUAUUAUUCUCGGCGUCUGUUUCCUGCUCACGCUCUGGUGGGCGCGGAAGGACUGGCUGACGAUUGUGACCAUCCUUCUCGCCGUUGCAUUGUUGGUUGCGUGUUGGUUCAUUGCCCACGGAGAGGCCCUGAGAUGGGUUGUGCUGUUUAUUGGGGUAAUGUCCGCGCUCUACAGUGUUUGGGAUAUCUGUGAUGACCUUAUCCUUCGAAAGGUGAAUACUUCAGAUGCUAGCGUUUUUGCCCAGAAGUAUGGAGGGUCUUCCCAGUGCUGGGGCGUCAUUUGGUCCAUCAUCUCCCUAGGCUUUAUGGCCAUUGGCAUCAUCGGUGGAAUAGCUGCAUUCCCCGAAUCAUUCAGCCAACAGGAGAACGACUCAAAGCAUUUCAUUCCAACCCGUUAG